UAUUUGUAAUUAAUUGUAAAGAUAUGUUUCCUUAGUUAUAGAGAUACAACUUGUAUAUAUAUUAGAGAGCUAUUAUCAAUAAAAUUAGUUCACUAGGGUAAUCCCAUUUUACAUGGUAUCAGAAGCGUGUUAAAAGAUCCUGAGAUUUCUUUUCGUUCAGCCAUGGGAACUGAAGGACGGAGUGAUAAAAGCACGGGAGAACUAGCAAGUCUGCCUCAACUCAAAGUUGCAGAUGCUUCUCCCUAUUCCUUGCAUCCAUCCGAUCACCCAGGUUUGAUUUUUGUUACCGAUCCUCUUAGGGAAAAUGGAGAAAACUAUUAAACUUGGAGAAGAAAUUUUCUUAACGCACUGCACUCUAAAAACAAGGCUGGAUUUGUUAAUGGAACCGUCGAGAGACCAAAAGAAAACUCUCAGGAUUUACAGCCAUGGAUACAGUGCAAUGCCAUUGUGCUUUCAUGGCUUACGAAUGCAAUUGCCAAAGAACUUCAGGGUAGUGCCGCACAUGUUGAAACUGCCGGAGAAAUUUGGGUAGAUCUGGAAGAGCGAUUUACCCAAGGAAUUGCACCAAAAGUUUAUGAACUGAAGCGUGCCAUUGCUCUCUUGCAACAAGAGAGAGCGUCUAUUUCAUCCUAUUACGGUAAACUUAAGUCCGUGUGGGGUGAGAUGCAAAGUCUCGUUCCAACUCCGUCUUGCACAUGUGGUUGCGUUUGCGGUGCAGCAAAGAAGAUGCAAUCCAUAAGGGAGGAGGAAACGGUUUUUGAUUUUCUAACGGGACUUGAUGAUGCAUAUUCAACUGUGCGUUCUCAAAUAUUAAGUGUCGACCCGUUGCCAAACUUAGGAAGAGCCUAUGCUAUCGCGGCUCAAGAAGAGAAGCAGAGAUCUGUUACUGCGAAUCGCAUACCCACUAUUGAAGCAACUGCCUUGCUGACUAAAGGAGGUGAAUCACGACAAAGGAAAAUUGAAGAUGGGACUCGGUAUCAAUUUCCACCUUGCAUACACUGUGGGAAAACAAAUCACAACAAAGAUUUUUGCUACACAGUGAUCGGUUAUCCUUUAGAUUGGCGCAAACCUGGCAAGAAAAAUAGCAAGCAUACCAAUAAUGACAAGAUGCAGUUUCGUGGGAACCAGAAGAAUCAGAAAGAAUCAAAUGCACUCACGGGUGUGGCCCUUGCCGCAACUACUGAAGGGGCUAUGCCGCCAAUUCCAGGUUUGACGCAUGCUCAACACCAACAACUUUUGGCAUUAUUGGGCAGCCAUGGAGCACCGACAGUAACUCAUCUCAUACUGCGAGUAUGGCAACCUCUAAUUUUUCAGGACUUACCUUCGAGGAUGCCGAUUGGAGUGGGUAGAAAGCGGAAUGGUCUUUAUUACUUGGAGCCGAUGGAAGGGGGGCAAGCAUUGAUGGUCCAAAAGUCUGUUAGUGCAAGUUUGUGGCAUCGGCGCUUGGGGCAUUUACCAAUGAAUCGUAUUUCUCUAGUUCCUAGUUUAUCUAUUAGUUUUGAUGGCAAUAAAAAUAUGUUUUGUGAUGCUUGUUGUAAGGCAAAACAAACACGUUUAUCUUUCCCUACUAGUAUGAUUAAGACAGAGCAUGCUUUUGAUUUAAUAUAUUGUGAUAUUUGGGGACCAUACAAGACCCAAUCUCUUUCUGGAUCUCAUUACUUCCUCACAAUAGUUGAUGAUUUUAGUCGAGCAACAUGGGUUUUUCUCAUGAAGAAUAAAUCUGAAACUAAAGUCUAUUUGUUACAAUUUUUUAAUUGGGUAAACACGCAGUUCAACUUGUGA